AGUCCCAAGCACCCAAAACAAACAACAAGCAUCAUGAAGUGCAUCGCAGCUGUAGUCAUGGUCGCUUUGGCCGUUGCCGUCCAGGCUGAACCAGCAAAGGUUUACAGUUUCCCGACGGAAACCGUGGUUCAGCAGAACGUAGUGCCCCGCUAUGUCACUGCCUACUCUGCACCGGCCGUUACCUACGCUAGCCACGCCGUUGCCGCUCCCGUCGCCGCUUAUGCUGCCCCAUUGACCUAUGCUGCCCAUAAUGCCCAUGUCCAGGUCCAGGUCCCCACUGCCUACACCGCCCCGAUCGCUUACUCUGCUCCGGUUGCUUAUGCCAGCCACCAGACCAACUAUGUGCACGCCGUCCCAACCGUGUACGCUCCGGUCCAGAAGGAGGCUCGUUAUGUGGCCGCCACUCGUGGAGCUAUCCAUGAGGCUCCUCUGGCCGGCCACGCCAUCAACCAGAAGUCGCUCAACAUUGAGCCGGCACCCGGAACUCUGUAAAUCUUAUUAAACCACGCUACGUAUUGAAGGCCGAUGAUAUGGAAUGGGUUACAAGUUGUGUUUGAUUUUGAACGUUCGCUGGCUC